GGCGACUGCAGCGCCCGGCUGUCCCCCGACGGUCCGCCUCGGGUCCACUGCCGUCCUCUAUCCUCCCGUUGCCGGCUCGGGGGCAGGACCGCCACGGCCGCCGUGCGGAGAACCUUGGCGGGCUUUAGCCUCGGGAAGAAGGCAGGCAGGUGUGAGGGGCCCGGGCCCUGCCGGCGGCUCGCUCCGGACGCUGAGGCUCUGUCGGUCGGUCCCCGCAGCCUUUGUUCGUGCGCCGAGAAAAUCACGUCCUGGGCUGGGAUCUUGGACAUCUGCGCCGACGCCUGCUUUUACCCGGUCGCCCGCUCUUGUGACCUUGAGUCUCAGCCUCCGAAGUUUGGUGUUUGAGAAUACCUGGCAGCGAAGCACACAAGCUGGGAAGCACCGUGAGCCUGCAGGUUGUAAAUGUGAGCCUGUGACUUCUUCGAACCCUCACAGUCUUAUUUUCCAAACUUGCCGAAUCGGACCUUGUCGGGGAAAAAAAAAAAAAAAGAAGAACCUCCCAAGCCUUUUUGUCCUGCAAAGUUGACUCGUCAGGGUGUGAUCCAGCAAUCUUGCACCGACACGCGUUGCUUUUAGGUCCAUCAGCGCUGCAGGAAUGGCAGAGUUUGGGAUCUCAGCUAGCCAGCUUGUGGCAGUGAUCUGGGAUAAGUCUUCUCCAGAGAAGGCCCUGAAAGACCUGGUAGAUAGACUUCAGAGGCUGACUGGCAGUGAGGGCCAGGUGUUGAUGGAAAAUGUCAACCAGCUGCUACAGUCUGCCCACAAAGAAUCCAGCUUUGAUGUCAUUUUGUCGGGUAUGGUCCCAGGAAGCACCCUUUUGCAUAGUGCUGAGAUUUUGGCUGAGAUGGCUCGAAUCCUUCGACCAGGGGGAUGUCUUUUUCUGAAAGAACCUGUGGAGACAGCUGUAGUUAACAAUAACAAAGUGAAGACAGCAUCUAAGCUAUGUUCAGCCCUGACUCUUUCUGGCCUUGUGGAAAUAAAAGAGCUGCAGCGGGAGGCUUUAGGUCCUGAGGAAACACAGUCUGUCCAGGAACAUCUGGGCUACCACAGUGACACUCUGAUCUCCGUUCAAAUCACUGGCAAGAAACCAAACUUUGAAGUGGGUUCUUCCAGCCAGCUUAAGCUUUCUGUUUCCAAGAAGUCCUCUCCCUCAGUGAAACCUGUUGUGGACCCUGCUGCUGCCAAGCUCUGGACGCUGUCAGCUAAUGACAUGGAGGAUGAGAGCACGGAUCUCAUUGACUCAGACGAGCUGCUGGAUCCAGAAGAUCUGAAAAAGCCUGAUCCCGCUUCCCUGCGGGCACCUUCAUGUGGGGAAGGGAAAAAGAGGAAGGCCUGUAAGAACUGCACGUGUGGCCUUGCAGAGGACCUGGAAAGAGAGAAGUCAAAGCAGCAGAGCGCACAGCCCAAGUCAGCCUGUGGAAAUUGCUACCUGGGUGAUGCUUUCCGCUGUGCCAACUGCCCCUACCUCGGGAUGCCAGCCUUCAAGCCUGGGGAGCAGGUGCUCCUGAGCACUAGUAACCUGCAGGAUGCCUAGAAGGAGCCCCGGGGACCAUCUCCUCCUCUGGUCAGUUCCUGCACCUCUGGAUUUCACUCACUCUCUGGAACCAUUUACAGGAGGGUGCUUGUAGCAGAGUGAAGCUGCUGCAUACACAUUGAAAGACCAAGGUGUGAGGGGACCUGCUUCCUCUCUAGUGAGGAGAAGGGAGUAUGCCUUGAAGCCCUUCCUGAUGUCACAGUGCUGACCCUGCACCUGGAGUCUAGACAGCCUUGAAUAUUUAUGCUCUGUUACAAGCUCCACGCCCUGCUCCUUCCUGGUCUUCUUGAACUGGAGGUUCCCUUAGUGAGCCCUUGGAGCCAUGACCACCGUCUCAUGGUUUCAGAGUACCAAGGCAUUCACUCCUGGGUUGUGUUGCAUCUUGUGUUUCUCUCCCCCUUUCUCCCCACCCCGUCUUACCAUCGUGUUGCAUCUGUGUCCUUACGUCAUUCCUGUUAACUGACAGGUAUUAAACUAUCAUACUUCUGUGUGUCUUCUGCAAAGAGGGGGGUGUGCGUGUGUUGUAUGUCUGUCACAGUCAUCUACUCUUAACUUGAACUAUGAAGCUUCCAUUUUGGAGGAACUUGCUAUACCCCAGUAGAGCCUGUCUCCAUCUCCUAUAGGAGAGUCCACGGUGAGGGGAGUUCAAGAAGCAGGACAGCCUGACCAGCAGUAAAUCGUGGAGCAGGAGACCCUUUCAUCUCCUCAUUGCUCACCCACACACCUGGAAUCCAUCUUGCCACUUAUUGAGAAGGGCUGUGUGGAUUUAAGAGAUCCGGACUCAGUUUUACCAAUAAAUAAGUGUUGGUUGGUACCUGUACUUGAAACUUGCUUUGAUUCUCCUAGCUUGCUGCAGCUGAUCCCUAUUGCUGGAGUUCAGCUGUAAGUGGCUGAAAGUCCUGUGGAAGGCAGAGUGCCCAGUGGAUGCAGGGAUCCUUGUCUUAUGCCAUUCCUGUCCAGUUAUAGCAAGACCUAUGGGUGCCUUGGGGUAUCUCCACUGGGACUGGGUGUAGAAAUUCUGUGGCAAAGUGGAGGGAUUUUGCAAGUGUAGUUAAUGUCUCUGGUGGCCUUAAAGUUAAUUAAAGGAGAUUAUCCUGUGUGA